GCUCAAAAAUAUAAUAACAAAUCACAAUCUAUGUUAUCCAGUAUUUCAAAUUUGACAGUCGUGUCUGCCGUUUCGUGCAACUUUAUUCAACUAUUAAAUUCCGAUAUUAUCUGUCGUUAAGUUGGUGUAACUAACAAUGUUAUAUAUAAUUGUUUUAAUACUAGUGGCUUUAACAGCUUUUAGUGUUUAUCAUAAAGUUAAUACUGCAGUAUGCACAUCUAAUAGACGGUUGGAAGGCAAAACUGCCGUGGUUACUGGAGGUACCUCUGGUUUAGGACUAGUUAUAGCCAAAGAUUUCGCCAAACGAGGCGCUAAGGUUAUAGUAGCUUGCCCUUUUGAAGAAGAAGGCACAAAUGCAAGACAACAAAUCAUCAGGGAAUCUGGUAAUGAAAAUGUACUCUUUAAAUACCUCGAUUUAUCCUCCUUAACCUCCGUUCGUGAGUUCGUUAAGGAAAUUCAGAAAACAGAAAAUCGUUUGGACAUCUUAGUGAACAACGCGGGGGUCGGUAUACCUGGAGAUUUUUUAACCAAAGAUGGCCUCAAUUUUAUUAUGCAAGUCAAUUAUUAUGGCCACUUUCUACUCACAAUACUUCUGCUGCCUCUUCUGAAGAAAACUGGGACCAAAUCAGAUCCAGCGAGGAUUGUCAAUAUGUCAUCUCUCGCUCAUAGAUAUGCAAGUUCGGACGUCGACAAUUAUAACAGAGCCGGGUACUGGUUGACAAUAAGAACAUACUGUAACAGCAAACUAUGUUUAGUCUUCUUCUCGAAAGAGCUGACCAGAAGACUAUCAGAUACGAACGUGGUGGUGAACUGUUCCGACCCGGGCUAUGCUGCGACGAGAAUAUAUAAUAGCGCAAACGAAUUCCUAGGCUUUCUAGCAAUUACUUUUAUUCUUCUUUUUGCUAACACAGCGUUUCAGGGGGCGCAGACAGCUAUUUAUCUGGGCGUAGAUGAGGCUGUCAAAGGCAGUGGAGAGUACUUUAAAAAUUGUAAGCAAAUUGCUGCAGCCUCAAAAGCAAACAAUGAAACAAGCAUCAGGAAAUUAUGGGAACAAUCACUUAGGCUCGUUAAACUAAGUGUCGAAGAAUUGAGAGAACUUAAUUUCUUGUAGAUAUUAUGAAUGGUUGAAUAAUUUUAUUGAAUUAAAUGAAAACAAGGAACAUAAGUUAUUAGGGAUGCAAUCGGCAACUUAUCGCUUACAAGCGAUGGAUAAGCAUAACAAAUACUAAGCUUAAAGUGAAAGUUUAUACAUGU